GUCCUUCUACGUAUACGAGGAUGGACGCACUUUAUUCAGUCGAGCAGGUGCAUAUACCACCUGAGUUAGGAACAAUUAUGAAACAAUACACGAAAGCCAUUUUGCGUGAUGAACCAACGGAUGUAUACAAGUACAGUGCAAACUUCUUUGCCAUUAUAUCUGGAAAAUGCCCCCCUUUUGAUGAAAACGGAGUCUUUGUUGAGGAUGAAUAUGUUUCUACGCAAUCUAACGACAAAAUCAGUACACCCACACUUGCUUGCAGACAAGAAAGUAUUGAUGCAAUUUUGCAAAAAUACAGCAAAAGUGAGGAUGGUACCGCAAGUCUAGAGGACCUUCCACACAUUCUGAGGGAAAUCAUAACAGCUUUAGGAUUGAAGGAAGAAGACCUUCCUUCUGCCACAGAAGUUGCUUCGGUUCUUCACACAGAGGGCGAUUUUAUUGAUUUGCUUGAACUCAGACAGCUGUUAUUCGAGCCUGAGCCUCAGUCUCAUUUCCAUGUAUGAGAAUAAAAAGGCAAACGAACUUUAGAGUGAUGAAUGAAUUUUGUCUCAUGUAUACAUUUUGCACGUGGGCUG